AUGAUGGUGAUGAUGGUGAUGAUGAUCUUUGGAGAUGAUGGUGAUGAUGAUGAUGAUGAUGAUCUUGGUGGAUUCACCUAUAGUCUGUUUCACAUCAGGACUAAAAGUGAAGAUGAAGCCAUAGUUUCCAAAGGACAAUUUAAAGCGAUUCACGAGAAACUUGACCAACUACAACUUGCCUCCAAGGCUUCCUCCUCUAAAGCCUAUUUAAAAGAAAUAGUUGAAUCAUUGUUUGAGCACAUAACGAAAGUACAUGCUGCGAAUGCUGCAAAGAUGAAUGUUGCAGUAUCAGAGACUGCUGAUGUUUGCAAGUCUACGACCGAAAAAGUCGAUAAACUAAUUACUAAAACAACCACCUUCAUGGAGAGUUACAGAACGACCUACAACAACAAAACUGCAUCCGCAAAUGAAGCCCUUCGGAACUUGGGUGCCAUGUUCAAAACUGAGAAGAUCAACUUGACAGAGAAGGUCAAAGUGUUAGAUCUCGAGCUUCAACAGUCUGAGAAACAGGUCAAGGAUUUGCUAUCUGAGAGGGUAGUUGUGCGAAGCUGCAUUAUGGAUGUCACCGGUUUGCUUUCAGAUAUCAUUGAGACCAUGGACUCAAUGAUUUCUAUUACUGUUCGAAAAGACCUGGCUAAAAAGUUGAGCCCUGUCUUCACCAUGUUGUACCGUUUGCAAGGUGUUUCUCCUCAAUUAUCUGAUCCAAAACAAGGGGGAGAAGGUGGAUCCAAUGUUGAACCUCCCAAAGUCCCUAUCAAGUCUAUUAUUAAUAAAGAACCUAAGGGCAAGGAAAAUUUAAUCGAAGACGAGCCCAUAAUCGAUGAUGAUGAAGACGAAGAGCUUGUUGAUGCUGAACUUAAAAGUCGGAAGGCUCGUGAUGUUGAACUGAAUGAAACUCAACGAAUCGUCAAGGAAGCUGAGGAAAAAAGAAAGGGCAGAUAA